UAAAAUAGCCCUAGCAAUCCCUUCAUAUCAAUCCCAUUAUGUCCUACAAAUCUGAGUGCCUGGCCGAGUUUCUCAUUAAAGCAAAAUAAUUAAUAACUUAAGAUAAUAAUGGCGAAAAUAUUACCCAAAAUUCGGAGCGACGAGGACGCUCCCCUAGUCACAGAAUUGACAAUCAUUGUACAUGAUCCCGAGGGAAAGCUGUCGUUUUCUCGGCUGCAUAAAAGUGUAUUAGAAAUAUGCAUUUAUCAUCAAGAAACUUGAAUCCACAAUCCAUCAAGACCUGAAUAUAUCAAACUUUGAAUAUGAAAAGAGAAUUGUUUGCACCUUCUAUCUGUGAAGAAAGAUUUCAAAACAUCAGCGUGACUGGAAACACAGAUAUACACACCCGAAUGAGUGUUCUAACAGACUGACUGGAAAGAGCUUUAACCAGUUGCAUUGUCUGAAUUUUUAAAAAAAAUCUCACAAUUUAAAGCAAGGAGAGGCUGUAUAGGUGUUCUGUAUGUGGACAAAACUUCAACUGCUUGCGCAACUGGAGAGACGCCAAGACUCUGACAUCAUGGCAAAGCCAUGGAAAUGUGAUGACUGUGGUAAAAGAUUUGAUUAUCCAUCUCUGCUGGAAAACCAUCGGCGUGGUCACACUGGAGAGAAGCCAUUCAUUUGUUCUGUAUGUGGGAAGGGAUUUACUCAGACAACAAAUCUCAUGUCACACCAACGAACUCAUACUGAGGAGAGGCCAUUCAACUGCAGUCACUGUGGAAAGAGGUUCAGGUCUUCAUUUAGCCUCAGUACACACCAGCGAGUUCACACUGGGGAGUGGCCAUUCACCUGUGCAUGUUGUGGGAAGGGAUUCACCAAGUCCUCCAACCUGAUGACUCAUCAGCGAAUUCACACAACAGAGAAGCCAUUCUGCUGUGCCUCCUGUGGAAGGAGUUUCAGGCAGUCUGGCCAUCUCAUUGUACACCAGCGAGUUCACACUGGGGAAAAACCAUUCAGGUGCUCUUCCUGUGGAAAACAUUUUCGGCAGUCAAAUGAUCUCAUUUCACAUCAGCGAGUUCACACUGGGGAGAGACCAUACAACUGUUCAGUGUGUGGAAAGGGAUUCACUACAUCCUCCAACCUGCUGAUACACCAACGCACUCACACUGGGGAGAAGCCAUUUACAUGCUCCAUGUGUGGGAAAGGAUUCGCUCAGUCACGAGACCUGUUGAGACAUCAGCAAGUUCACAAAUGAGUGCAGACAUUGGAUUCUGCUGUCACUGCAGCUGUUCGUCACAUUCAGGACUACUAGUCUAAUUGUUUUUUUCUCUGCUUAUGGUAAAAAUUGCUGGAGUUUAAAAUCCUUGAUAAGUUGCUAAUUUUUGGGGAUGCAAUAUCUCUUUUUAAAAGACACCAUCUGUCGUCUUUUCCUGAAUUCAAGGGUUUCCAACAGGAACUCGAUUACAGUCAAAUUAUGCAAUUAUUCAUUCUAAAUUUAUAUUUGGGUUAAGAUCAUUUCAGUGUCUGAAAUGUUCCACUGAUUAAAUCUUCAAUGAGAAAGUAUUGAUUAAUCUUUGCUGACAAUUCUUAUUGACUCAAGCAAUCUUCGUAGUGAUACUUCCAUUCUGAAAUUAACAUGAAACAAAAUUGAUGUUGAUGUUUGGAAGUCACUGAGCUCAAUCAUUUGACACAGCAGCAGAAACAUUUUGUAAAGACAGAACCCACAGCAAAGACUGGUCUUAAAUCUGCUCAGCAAAGAUGACAUUUGUCAUUGAGGAAAAAGAAGUACAAAACACAUCGUUAUAACAGCUAGAAGAUUGUAUCACUUGAAAGUAGCCAAGAUAGACUGCAAAGGACAAUGAGACAGUGAAAAUGAACCUAGAUCAAUCCAUAUCAUGAAAUCCAAAUUGCUAUGACAAUGGAAAUCUACAUCCUCUGUAUCAUGACGUCAAGAGGGUGCUUUAUCCAACCAUCACCAAAAAAUGACUCCUAAAGUUGAAGAUGAUGACAUACCAGCAGAAGUAAAUAGAUGACCUGCUGGGAUGAACAUGAUAUGAGCUGCACUCCAAUGAGAUAGACAUCUCCUGGUCUCUAUUUGAUGCUCUCCCACAGCUUCCUGUCAUGGUUAGGUUAGGUGAGGAUGUCUUAUCAUUGGAGCUUGAAAAAAUUUCUAAUCCUGGAGAAAGGCACUUAUGGAGGUUGGAAUUCCAGCUCUAGCUACCCAAGCACAUAAAGCCCCAGUUAUUUCUCAAGUGGAACAUCAUGGGCUGACCCUCGAUUCAAAAAUGAUGCCUACUUAGGUUUGUGUGUCUCUGCUGUUGUCCUUUGAGCAACUGAAGAGGCCAAUUCUUGAUGCACAGAUCUUGGGUACUCAUGGAACAGGGUGGAUGGGGCCCUCCAACUGGCUGAUAAUGGUGUGAUAAUGUAGUUGGGGAAUCAGAAAAGGUCAGAAUAGGAGGAAAAGAGUUUUAAGGCUGGUGGAAGCACCAGAGACAGUCUGCCAUAGGUGCGAUGAUUACAUCCAUGUUUCUGAAAUCAUUCAAAUCAGGUCAGGACCAUAGCUGAGCAGGGGAUGCCUGCAGCCUUAAACAGGAUCAUAGACUGUAUCUUACAACCCGUCACUGAUCACCACGUUGUGGGGAAUGAUGUGACGUUGAUUCAGGAGAGUGAUGAUGGAGAAAAUAAAUGUAGAAGUGGAACUCCAUGUUCCAAAAUGGUCCCACUUUAUAUUCAUCAAGUCCCACAGCUGCCAUCCCCAAGCAUAGCCAACAGACUUUCCCCAUUUCCCACUAAUUGAGUCUCCCCUUCCUCCUAUCUCUGUGCAAUAUUGUGCAGGAUGCAGCAAUUCACAAUUAUUCUGUAAUCCCUGGCUGGUGAGAAUCAAAGAUACCCAUCAGACCAAUCCUGACACUGGAAACACAUCUUCAACAUUGCAAUGGUUUUCUUGAUGAUACCCUAGAUGAAUUCGGCAUGGUGGUUCAGUGGUUAGCACUGCUGCCUCACAGCACCAGGGACUGGGGUUCGAUUUCACCCUCGGG